CAGCGGCAGACUGCUAACAGCUCUACUUAAUAACUUAGCUAACGUUAAAGACCCGUGGGGGAGGAACCCGCCUGGCGAGCAGGACCCGCCGGACUUCCCACAGGAACAACGGAAAGUCAGCCGCUCGACAAAAGCCGAUCGCGUUCCUCGGCCGAGGGGAAAGUUAGCGCGAGGACUGUGAUGUCGGUGUCGGAACCGAAACUGUGCGACGCCGACAGCUUCCUCAGUCGCGACAGCCACCUAGCUGCAUCUUAGCUAAUGCGGUAUUACGUAACAUAGCGUUCAGUAAUGCGAUGUCAUGACAUGAGCGGCGACAGCAGCGCUUCGCUCGUCUCCUGCCUGCCGCCGAGCCAACGCCGCAGCGGCGCGGCCGCCCGGGGCCGUUCGUCGGGUCGGAGGGACCGCGCCGACUGACCUCGAUGCAAGUCGAGUCAUCGGCGGGCAAGCAGUGCUUCAAAGACCAUGGUUAACAAGGAAGAACUGGAGGAGAGGCUGAGGAAACUCGUGGUGCGGCUGAAAACCCCGCAGGAAGACAGGCAGCUGUGCACGCUGAUUCAGAUCGUCCAGGACUUGCUUUUCCUGGCGCACACCGACUGCGCAGCUGAACUGUUUGAAGACAAGGAUGUCCACGUCCCUCUCAUGGGGGUGCUGUCAUCCUACAUCGGCAGCAGAGGAGUCCAGCAGGUGGGCUGGUCGCUGCUCUGUCGGCUCAUUGAAAUAUGCCCCGGUACGCUGGACCAGCUGACUAGACCUCUGCAGGCAGCCAAGGACGGGGAGGCACUGGGAGUGCACCAGCAGAUCCUGACGGUACUAUCUCAGUACAGCACAGACUGCAGAGUGACCAUGGUGGGACUACGGGCCCUGGCGUUACUGCUCAGAUCAGACCUGAUUCCUCUGCUGGUGCUGGAGGAGGAAGAGGAUGUGUUUGGCCUGGUGGUGCAGGCGAUGAAGACGUUUCCUACCAGUGAAGAAGUGCAGCUCCAAGGCUGUGGAGCGCUGCAGGUCCUCUUGGAGAGAGUGAGUGAUGACCACCUCGUGGAGUUUGUGGAGAACCAGGACCAUGCUGUGGUCUUGGCGGCUCUGCAGAGGUUCCCGGACAGCUCCGAGCUGCUCCUGCAGGCCAUGAAAGUGCUGCUCCCACUGGCUCGUCCUGGCAGUAACGUGGAGAUGUUGAUGUCAGGAGGCGCUCGGUGCUACAGCGUGAUCAUCGCCGCCAUGGAUGCCUUCCCCGAGGUGGAGGAGCUGCAGGAGACGGCCUGCUGCCUGUUCAGGAAGUUCACAACAGAGAGCUACUACAGCAUCCUGGUGCUGAACGGCGUCCAGAGGGUUGCGGUGAGAGCCUGCCAGACUUUUCCCGGCAACGCCGCACUGCAAGCUGCCGCUCUCUCCUGCCUGGCUGACCUCACCGCAACCAUCGUGCAGAACAAAGCGGUGGCCGAGCAGGGUCUGGAGGAAGGAGAAGAGGAGGAGAACCGGGGUAAAGAGGAGGUGGACGACAUGGGCCUGGGCUGGAUGGAGGCCUGCUGUGUGGCACUGGAGCUCCACGCCGCCGAGCCGGCAGUUCAGGAAGCUGCAAGCUGGGCCAUUCACAAUCUGUUAUUGCACGGAGCUGGAGUGAACCACUCAGGAGAGGAGCAGGAUGAGAGGACUCCUGUUCACAGACAGUUAAUGGCGGCCAUGCUGCUCCACUCCUCCUCUCCCAGUGUGUUUGAAGCUGCUACCAGUGCUAUUGCCACGCUCAUUACGCACAACAGUAAAAUGCGUUUUCUGCUGCUGUCCAGUGGCCUCCACGUCAACCUAGUAGAGAUGAUGAAGAGACAUUCAACCUCAGCAGAAGUUUCCAUCAGCGCCUGCAAACUGCUCAAGCUCCUCUUCCAGGGCAGGACAGCCAGUCUGGAUGAGUUAAACAUGACCGUGAGUCAGAUCCUCAGCACCAUGAAGGUCCACAACUUCCAGCCGGAGGUUCAGCUGGAGGCUCUGCAGGCCAGCCUGGUCUUCCUCUGCCCAGACAGGAGUUUGAGGGAGCACGGCAUCUCGGUCACAGAUCCUGACAUGGCCGACGUGUCGCUGAAGGUCCUGAAAAACCAGUGUGUGGUGGAGGGAGCUCACACCCUCUACCUGGAGGUUCUCAACAGGUUCAUCAGCAGCCCUGCCAUACAGAAGUCCGGUUUAAAGGUGCUCUCUGCUCUGGCCGACUGCUCCGGUGCCGUGGACUUGCUCUGCCAGCAGGGGGCCAUCGACACGGUGCUGCAUACACUACAGAUGUUCCCGCAGGAACGAGAGAUACACUACUGGGGUCUGACCCUGCUCAGCUACCUCGUAUCCAAGAAGAAGCUGUCGAGGAUGAUCGUGCCUGUUCUGGCCUCCGUUGUGGUCGCCUCACUCGUCCAGUAUAGAGAAGACUCUGAGAUGCCCCUGAAGUGUUUUCAGGUGGCGUUGAGGAUGCUGGACGCCUGCUCGGGAGCAGCUGCCGAGCUGCAGAGAGAAGACUUUGACAGGCAGAUCUUCCAGCACCUCAGAGAGGAGAGUCCUGACCAGAGCAACAACCCACUGCGGAAGUCGGUGUGCCUCGCUCUGUCUAAGAUGUGGUGCGACUCGGAGCUGCACCGCCGCAUGCUAGAAAAGGCCUGCGAGGACGGAGACACGGCGAUGGCCGAGUGUCUGAUCGAGCUGGGCGCCGACAUCAACGGGAAGACGAAAACGGAGUCUCUCAUCUACCAGGUGUGUGAGAGAGGCGGACCUCUGGAACUGGUGGAGCUCCUACUCAGCCGCGGUGCACACGAGCAGCACCUCCGCAGGGCUCUGGCCGUGAGCGUGAAGCGGGGCGACGGGCCCGCCGUCAUUCAGCUCCUGGGCCGCCUGGGUCUGGACCUCAACAACAGCGCCCUCUGCUUGGGGGGCUUCAGGCUGGGGCGCCUGGACGCUGCCUGGCUCAGCCCCCUGCUGGCCGACAGAGGAAGAACGCACAGUCUCCGUUACAGCAACAGUAAAGGUAUGAGUUUGGCCAGGUACAUCCAAUCUCUCCAGAGGUCCAAGAGUGUCAGCGGUCCCCUGAGGUCGAUGGCCGACCCCUGCCUGACCUCUGGCUACAUUUCUGACGAGAGUGACGACUCCAGCUUCAGCCUGGUCUCCAUGGACGACAGCCUGUUUUUCAACGACGACAUGGAGAGUGACGGGAGUGAUUCAGUGUCAGGGGCUCUGUCCCCAAAACCACAUAAUAAUUCAGCGGAGGAACUGGGGGGCUCCUCUAAAAGAAAGCAGGGGCGUCGCAGACAUGCCAGUGCCGAGAGCGGUCAAACUGAGAAUGAUCACGGUGAGGCUGUACACAGGAGAUACGGGAGGACUGGCUCGACCCAAAGAGUGCUGGGGUCCGGUGAAAACUCUGCUGCUCUGACCAAAGAGAGGGAGCGGAUCCGCCUGCUGGACCUUACAGGGAACGAGUUGGACUCUCUGUCCUGUCUGAUGGACGACGGCUACGUGCAGCAGCAGCUGGGGUACCUGCUCCGCCUCGACCUGAGCCACAACAAUCUGCUGGAGUUUCCUGCAGCUCUUUGCCAGAGUUUGAACCGUCUGACUCGACUGGACCUGCAGAGCAACCAGCUCCAGUCGCUGCCGGUGGAGCUGCUGUCUCUGCCCUCACUCAGCAUCCUGAACGUCUCUCGUAACUGUGUGGGUCCGCUGCUGACCUUUGACCCUGCUGUCACCUGCCAAUCACUGCGGCAGCUCAACCUGUCUUUCAACAACAUCGCCUCAUUUCCGGACGAGCUGGGCCGCGCCAUGGAUCAACUAGAGGAGCUGUUUAUGGAAGGUAACAGUAUCACUGCUCUGCGCACGCCUCUGAAUCUGCCGCACAUCAAGCUGCUCGACGUGAGCAAGAACAGCGUGGAGAAUAUUUCUGCAGACUUCCUGACUGGCUGCCCCAAACUGGAAACCUUUAACGCCUCCAUGAACAAAAUCUGUUCCCUGUCACAUCUGCCAUCCAAGCUCACGACACUGAAACUAGCAAACAACAGCUUCACCUGUGUUUCUGAGGCCAUACUUGAUCUUCCAAACUUGAGGUCAGUGGACAUGAGAACCAACAACAUUACCGUUCUCCCUGGCCCGGGACUUUGGGCGUCCAGCAACCUCAGAGAGCUGAUGUUCAGUCAGAACGGCAUCGAAGCUCUGGACCUGAGCGGACCGAUCUACAAAUGGAGCAGACUAGAGAAAUUCCACCUGAGUGACAACAAGCUCAGUGAGAUUCCUCCACAGAUCGGCCUGUUGGAAGGCCUGACCUCCCUGGACGUGAGCCAUAACGCUAACCUGCGGUCCUUCCCCGAUGAGAUGGGGAAACUAGUCCGACUGUGGGACCUGCCGCUGGAUGGCCUUCGGCUCCAACUGGACCUCAAACUCAUUGGCAGCAAGACCAAAGACAUAGUCCGGUUCCUGCAGCAGCGGCUGAAGAAGGCAGUGCCAUACUACCGGAUGAAACUCAUCGUGGUGGGGAAUGCCGGCAGCGGGAAGACCGCGCUGAUUCAGCAGCUGAUGAAGCUGAAGCGCUCCCAGGUGAACUCUAAGACGCCCGUCGUUGGCAUUGACGUCAGGGACUGGACCAUCAGGGAACGGGACAAGAAGAAAAUGGUGCUGAACGUCUGGGACUUCUCAGGUGGAGAGGAGUUCAGUGGCUCUCACCCUCACUUCCUGACUUCCAGAGCUCUUUACCUGGUGGUCUACAACCUCAGCAAGGGAGCCAGUCAGGUGGACACCCUCAAACCCUGGCUCUUCAACAUCAAAGCGGUAGCUCCGCUCUCCCCGGUCAUCCUGGUGGGCACCCACAGAGACGCGAGCGACGAGCCACAGCUUCAAGCCUGCCUGACCAAGAUCCGCGAGGAGCUGCUGAACCACCAGGGUUUCCCCGCCAUCACGGACUAUCAUAUGGUCUCCGUCUGCGAGGACUCGGACGCCAUGGCCCGACUCCGCAAGGCCAUCGCCAGAGAGGUCGCCAGCUUCAAGAUCCAGGGCCAGCCUGUGAUGGGCCAGCUGGUUCCAGACAGCUAUGUGGAGCUGGAGCGCCGGGUUCUGCUGGAGAGGACCAGGGUGCCCCCGGAGUUCCCCGUCCUCAGGCACCAGGAAGUGCUGCAGCUCAUCCAGGAGAGUCAGCUGCAGCUGGAGGAAGCUGAGCUGCCGCACGCCGUCCACUUCCUCAGCGAAGCCGGGGUCGUACUGCACUUUGACGACCCUGCACUUCAGCUCCAGGACCUCUACUUUAUCGACCCACAGUGGCUGUGCAACAUCAUCUCCCAGAAACUGACACUAAAGAGCUGCGGCUUCUGGGAGCAUCCUAAAGGAGUCGUUCAGCGCUCGGUGGUGGAAAAGUUUCUGUUUGAGACCAAGUGUUUCCCGAAGAGCCACCUGAUGCAGUUCUUCAAACUGCUGGAGAAGUUCCAGAUCGCUCUGCCGUUCGGGGAGGACCAGCUGCUGGUACCCAGCAGUCUGUCCAAACACAGGCCAGUCAUAGAGCUUCCUCACAGUGAGAACUCAGAGGUGAUUGUGCGUCUCUAUGAGAUGCCAUACUUCCCCGUGGAUUAUUGGUCUCGGCAGAUCAGCCGCCUGCUGGAGGUCUCGUCUUACUUGCUUUGCGGAAGAGAGAGAGUUGUGCGACCCAACCGGAUCUACUGGAGGAGGGGCGUGUACCUGAGCUGGUCCCCUGAAGCGUACUGUCUGGUGGAGUCCGCCUCAGAUGAGGAAAAAAACCCCUCCAGCUUUGUCAGAAUAACUGUGCCCUCUUCACGCAAAGGCCGGGUCUUACUGGGUCAGGUUGUGGAUCACAUCGACUCCCUGCUGGAGGAGUGGUUCCCCGGCCUGCUCAACACCGACAUGCACGGCAGCGGCGAGGCUCUGCUGAAGAAGUGGGCUCUGUACAGCUUUGAGGACGGCCAGGAGUGGAGAAAGAUUCUGCUGGAGGACCUCUUCGCCUAUUUUGACAAUGAUUUUCUGCUGGUGAAUCCGGAGGACCCCCGGAGCACACUGCCCAUCUCUCAGAUCGCCCCUGACUUAGUGCUAAGUGAUCUGCCUGCGGGAACAAUACUGGACAGUGAGGAGCUGGAUGUGGAUCUGUCUAAGGAAAAAAGACUGGGGGACGGUGGCUUUGGAACUGUCUAUCGAGGUGUCUACAAAAAUGAAGAAGUAGCCGUGAAGAUAUUCAACAAGCAUGCAUCUGAGCUUUACAUCUACAGACUCCUUAGACAGGAGUUGACGGUGUUGGGUCGGCUCCGUCACCCCAGCUUGGUCGGCCUGCUGGCAGCCGGUUCAGCUCCUCAGGUCCUGGUGAUGGAGCUGGCUCUUCGUGGCUCUUUGGACUCCCUUUUUGAACGUGAGAACGGCAGCCUCAACCGGAAGCUCCAGCAAAGGAUCGCCCUGCAUGUGGCCGACGGACUCAGGUACCUUCACUCAGCCAUGAUCAUCUAUCGGGAUCUGAAGCCCCACAACGUGCUCCUGUUCAACCUGAAGACCGACUCCGAGAUCAUUGCCAAGAUCACAGACUACGGCAUCGCUCAGUAUUGCUGCAGCAUGGGAGUGAGAAGCUCAGAGGGCACUCCAGGUUUCCGAGCACCAGAGGUUGCCCGGGGGAAUGUGAUCUACAACCAGCAGGCUGAUGUGUUCUCGUUCGGCCUCCUACUCUACGACCUCCUGACCUGUGGUGAGCGCAUCUCCGAUGGCAUGAAGUUCCCCAGCGAGUUUGACGAAGUUGCAGUCCAGGGGAAGCUGCCAGAUCCAGUGAAACACUACGGUUGCUCACCCUGGCCGGGCCUCCAGGCGCUGAUGAAGGACUGUCUGCGGGAAAGUCCGCAGGAUCGACCCACCUCUGCCCAGGUGUUCGAUAGGCUGAAUUCAGGAGAGAUGCUGUGUCUGAUGAGGGAGCGGGUGGUCCCCCGGGCAUUCAACGCCGACUGCCUCGCGGUGAGCUCCGGCGGCAGCGACAGUCCGUCCAGCAGCCACAGGGCCUGGCUGGGAGGGGGCAGCAGCACCCAGACGGCGGGCUCCAUCACCGCCGUGGACCUGGACACCAACACAGUCGCUACACAGGUGAUCGACACCAGCCCCGUCCUGUGCCUCGUGACGGUCCAAAUCCCCAACGAGGCCUGUGAUUGGCUGGUGGCGGGCACCCAGUCCGGCUCCCUAGUGGUCGUCAGCACUCGGGACCUGUCGACCUGGUGCCACCUGCAGAGCGUCACCGAUGCCGUCACCUCACUGUACUUCCAUGUGCACCCUCGUCAAACCCAAAGAAAGAAUUACUUGCUGGUCGGGACAGCCAAUGGAGUUCUCACGGUUUACGAGGACUCUGUUCUCAAGCAGGAAAACGGCCAGCCGGUCAAAACCGUCACCGUGGGAAGCGUUAGCACACCGAUCAUGUGCCUGGGCCAGUCGGUGCAUUCGCUAGACGGCAGGUCUGUGUGGGCCGGCUGCGGGACCAGGGUCCUCUCCUUCACGGCCGACUACGACGUCUGCAAGACCAUCGACACGAGACCGAACCUCGUCUUCCAGCAGCGGCGGCCGUUGGGUGGCGAGACUUGCGUGUCCCGAAUGGUUGUGGAUAAACACGUGUACCUGAGCAAAGCUGGGACGCCGACAGUCGAGGUGUGGGACAAGAGGAGCGAGAGGAUGGUGGACUGCAUCGACUGUGCCCAGAUCAUCAGAGGCCGGCGGGGCUGCGAAGCGGCGCCGCCCACCGAGGCCACUCCCUCCUGGGCCCGGGUGAAGGCCCUGCUGGUGCAGAGCGCUGCGGCCCUCUGGAUCGGCACUAGGGGGGGCCACCUGCUGGUGCUGGAGCUCUCCAAGCACCAGACUCUGCAGGUCAUCGGCCCCCGCUGCGACUCCAUCCGCUGCAUCGCCUCCACACUCAUAGAAACACUAAACUGGAAGAAUGUGGUGCUGGUUCUGGGCAGAAAAGUCGCACAGGAGAAGAAUCAGUUCGACGAGGAGUCGGUGCUGAUGGUGUGGGACGGCGCGCUGCCGACGGAGGUCAGGGACCUGAACAGACACCGCGAGAAGAGAGAGCAGAUCGCAGCCAAAAUGAGAGAGCAGCUUCAUCGCCAUUGAGCCAAAUUGCUCGUCGAAAAGGGAUCAACUCUCCAGUGGAUCGAUGUGUCAGCGUGGAAGGGGACGUUUUACCUCAUUUUCCGAGAGCCAUAUGUAACGAGUGGGAGCAGGUUGUAAUGAAUCAAUCAGAAGAAUUUGAUUCAAGAGUUUUUUUUUGUUUUUUUUUGAAGAUGCACACUUAUGAAAUACUGUGCCAUGUUUUACAGGAUGUAGACAAUCUUUGUUUUUCCUAAAAGGGACACAGAUGAUCCGAUUUGUGUUAUCAGAGCUGAGAGCGGAGCAGAUGUUCAGGAAGGCCUCCCGCUCCCAAUGAAUAGAGAUGUUUGUUUACCUGUAGUAUCAUAGAAAAAAACUGGAAAGAAAGCCAAAGGAAAAAAAAAAACAGCCUCUAAAAGUGUAUAUUUGAUUAUUUAUUCUCAUGCCUGUGUGCGUGUUUACCAGUGAGCUCAAUCACUCCACAUCAAUAAACAGACCAUGGGACUUCUCAUAAUGCUGCGCGCUUUGUACACUUUUUUUUUCUUUUGUUUUUUUUUAUGUCAUGUUACCUGAAGUCACUGUUUGUGAUGGUGUCAAACAGAACGAGGAAG